CAACCUCUGCUGCAGCCGUCUUGAUUCGUAUUGCGCAGGCUGUUCCACUUUCUGUAGCCACCAGCUGCUCGGCUUGUUACAUCCAACAUGGCAGAGAAUCUCGGAAGCUCUGGAAAAGCCAGUCGCUCAAGAUCCCGAUCAGGCUGCCUGAGCUGUCGUCGCAGAAGGCGGAAGUGCGACGGAACCCAGCCACGGUGCCAGAAUUGUCAGGCUCGUGGCGAAGAGUGCCCCUGGGGCUUGAAGGUGUCGUUUCACCCAUCAAGAGCGCACCAACUCUCCAGUGAAGAUCGCGCCGCCUUACUGGCGAUCGAGGAAGAGAGAGCGUUGGCUGGUGUUCGCUCGCAAAUUGUGAAUGACACGGACCAGGUUGUGCGCGAUUAUCGCUGCGACCAGAGUCUGUCGGUACAUGCGGCUGACGAGUCUCAAAGCACUGCGAGGAGCCUUGAUGCGGGUGCAGGUCGGCUGAACAGCACCUCGACCGCAAAUGCCCCAGACAUACACAGGAAAGCUGGAGCUGACCAGGACUCGCGGGUGGAGCUUCCUUUAUUGGACCCGGCCAUUCUGGAUGUGGACAAUUCUCGUGCUACGACCAAUGCGCUCGGUGCCAGGCCAGAUCUUGACCGUCUGGGUGGCGAGCAGUCCAUUGAAGAGUCUCCAUCUUCGUCGACCCGGAAUUUUCACUCAAAUGAAGACAACGCCUCUUCAGCGAGUACAUUCGUCCCACCCUUCUCGCUUGGCCAGGCCGUUUCGCUUAGUGCAUCACCAAUCCCCGAGCUAGAGUUCCCGGUGUCCGAUUUGGAACAAAGCCAGCUCAUUUCUGCAUUUCUGCAAGAAACGGGAACCUGGUGCGAGACCACAGACUCUGAGAGGCAUUUUACCGUCUGUGGCGUUCAUGAGAUGAUGGACAGCAAGGCAUUCGCAGCUGCGGCUAUGGCGCUUGCGUCUCGGCAACUUGACGCUGUCAAGAGCCGCCAACGUCAGGCUACGCUUAGACUAUACCAACAUGCCAUCCAGUUGCUCAUUCAUCAGGACCCUUCUCAGGCUAGUGCAACCGUCUUGGCUACAUGUACGCUUCUAUGUGUGUACGAAAUGAUGGCAUCCGAGGUCGGGGAGUGGAGACGUCAUCUCAAGGGCUGCGCAGGGCUUUUGAGGUCCAGAAAGUGGAACGGCUCCAGUCCGGAAAUCAUAAAUGCAUGUUUUUGGGCAUUUGCGCGCAUAGAUGUGUGGGCGGCCUUCAUGACUGAAGAGAAGACGCUGAUUCCCACUGAUUCAUGGGUAGACAAUAGUGCCAUACGCUCGGUUGCGGAGUGCGGCACGAUCGAUGCUUACUGCAACCUUGCUACGCUUGUGUUCGCUAAGAUCACGAACCUCAUUGCGGAGAGUAGGAAAGGAUCGGGAGGCGAAGCCGAAUUAAAAUCGAGAAUCAACGCGCUGUGGCGCGAACUACAAGAGUGGCGGGACUAUCGUCCUCGAAGGGCUCUCCCCCUUCUCAGGAUUGAGUCGCCUCAAAAGAGCCCCUUUCAGAUCAUACUUUUCACACACUCCUCAUCCAUCUGCGGUAAUUCAUUUUACCAUGCGGGGUCGAUCCUGCUGUUACAAGCAGGGCACGUAGUGCAGAGUAGACCUGACGCGGACGUAGACAAGUACGACCCGGUCUGGCACGCCAAAGAGCUCUGUGGGAUCAGUACGUCAAACCCUUCACAUGCGAAUUGGGUCAAUCAUCUACAGCCCCUCUACAUUGCCGGCAAAGCAUUCGGCUGUGGUCUCACCGUGCAACCGUGUGACGGAGCACGCUCCCCAGGGGGCGAUAUCCCGGGCGAAGAGGAGCAUCCAGCCGAGAAGAUUGCACUUCUGCGACACCUGGCUAGGAUAGAGCGUGAGACUGGUUGGAAGACUUCCGGACGAGCGGCAGACCUCAGAAACCUCUGGGGAAUUGGAUGAUACAGCCUAAUGAUCGAGUGCGACUGGAAAAUAAUAAAAGCUACACAAACAUCCUUGUGAACCAAACAACAUACAACGGAGCGUUCUUCAACCCCUCCUUUCGCCAACUGUGCUCUGUCUUUCUUAUGAGGACGUCCUCUGCGACGCGCACAUCACGCCUUGUCAUUGGAGAUGACCUGAAUCUCCUGAUUAAAGAUGGACUCGCCUGUCUGCGGUGGAGCGUUGUCCAUCUUUUCCUGAUCCUCUUCCAUAGCUUUAGCCAUUCUUGCAGCGACAUGCACAGGGUUACCGCCCUGCGAAAAGAUGUAAUCAACCUCUUCGAGGCGGAGAUUGCUCGUUUCCGGAUAGAAGAAGUAGAAAAUCGGCACAAAAAGUAGGUUGGUAGC